AUGUCAGACGACGAGGUAGACCACGAGUUGAUCGCGCUUCUUCGCAAGUCGCUCGGCUUAGGAGGAGGUGCCGCGAACCCCGGAGCCGCAGAAACGAAGGUGCUCGAAAAUUCGCAAUAUGUUUUCGAUAAUGCUAUCGACGUCGCCCUAGAUCCUACCAAAACCAAGGAGGCCGCGGAGACUAUAUGGCGUCAGAUGCAGAAGAAGGAAUAUUCAACUAGCAGCUGGUCGGAGCACGAACUACACCCCAAGACGAAGGAUGAGAAUACCGUGGAUUUCAUCUUCACCAUGGACUUGCUAAAUUUCAGCUUCUGGUCCGCCGAAACGGCGGACAAGCGGUUUGCGAUCGAAUACCGGGGAAGGAAGUGGACUGGAUACUGGAGCUUGGUUGCUGCGUUGCAGAGGGCUCUGGAUGAAGACAUUAAAAUUACAAACCCGGAGUUUUGGGCGAACGAAGAGGAGUGCACGGAAGAGUUGCUCCGGCAUGUUUUCCGCUCCGCAACAGAUGAAGAGAUGCCUCUCCUUACGGAACGCCUCGAGUGCUUACGGGAAGCUGGGCGAGUUCUAUGCAGUGACUUCGAUGGCAGUUUCAUCAAUUGCAUAUACAGUGCCAAUCAGUCGGCAGCUGCUCUGGUAAAUCUCCUCGCAGAGAGCUUCUCGUGCUUCCGGGACGAAGCAAUCUUCCAGGGACGCAGAGUGCGGCUCUAUAAACGUGCUCAAAUCCUGGUCGCGGAUCUAUGGGCGUGCUUCGAUGGAGAAAGCUACGGAGAGUUUCACGACAUUGACAAGAUCACGAUGUUCGCUGACUAUCGCAUUCCUCAAAUGCUCCACUACUUCGGCUGCCUCAUGUACUCUCCACCAUUAGAAACCCGUAUUCGCAAGCACGAGGAAAUUCCCAGCGGAUCAAACUUGGAAAUCGAACUCCGCGCAACCAGUAUCUGGUGCGUUGAACUCAUCAAGCGCGAAAUCGAGCUGAAACACCCCGAAGUCAAGUCGGCGAAGACUAACGGCCACUCCGAUUCCGACGCAAUUUCGAAACCCAACGGGCACUCUAGGGAACCGUCUCAGAACAGCGAUGUGGCCAUAGAUCCCCAGGGUCAGCCAAGCGGCCAGUUUCGACGACAUUCGAGGCACAGCAGUGCGAGCAACACCCGUCCAGGUACGGGCGUCCCUAUAAAUGCCAUCCUCAUCGAUUUCUUCCUUUACGACACGAUAAAGGAUCUAGAAAAAGACGGACAGGAAACCAUUCCCCACCACCGGACACGGAGUAUCUGGUACUAA